AUACAAUGUCUCUCUGCCCGGUAGUUCUUUCACAAAGCUCCAGAAGGCAGUGAAAAUAACGUCAGAAUAAACAAAUCCUGAAAUCGCCCUGUAUAAAUCACUUGCCAGCUGAAGGAGAGUCCUGGGUUUACAAUUUCACUUGUGUCCUAAUGAUGGAAAAUCUCAAGGGAGCAUAAACGGCUCAGGAGUCAGUGGAUGCCGGGGGCAAAAAGCAGAAGAUUAGCAGAAGACCCCAGCAUCCAAUUUUUCAUUGAUUUGUUCACUUUGGCUGCAGCAACACCAAAUAGAUAACAAGAGGAAAAAAAACAGACCAGUAAAUUUCAGGGAUUGUGUGACUUUUAUUUUCCCCAUCUUCGGUGAUCAAUAUUCAUACUGAAACCUACAAGAUUUAAGAGAUUGAGACAGACAUAGAUGGUCUGCCUUGACUCACCUGCAGCCGAACAUCCUAGACAAGCUACCAAUCCAUUGACUCCUCCCUUUAUUUUAAGAUGGACGGGGAGUCACCAGAGGGUCUGCUUUUCAAAGAUGAGAACUUCUCCUCUGAUCUCUUGAGGCAGCUAAAUGUCUUAAGACAGAAAAGGAUCCUGAUCGAUGUGACUAUAUGCAUUGGGAGCUGUGAAGUCCCCUGCCACAGAAAUGUCUUGGCCUCCAGCAGCCCUUACUUCCAGGCAAUGUUCUGCAGCAGCUUCAGAGAGAGCACUCAGGCCAAAGUUGACCUGAAAGGCAUUGAUGCCAAUACUUUACAGGAGAUCAUUCUGUAUGUGUACACUGGGGAAGUUCACAUCACUGCGGAGAAUGUCCUGCACUUGAUGGAAGCUGCAUCCAUGUUGCAGUAUCUCAGGCUUUUUGAAGGCUGUUCAUUGUACCUUCAGAAGCAGUUGACCCCAAGCAACUGCCUUAGCAUGAUCAGACUCUCUGACGCUUUGAGCUGUGAAAGCCUCAAACAGAAAGCCAGAUCAAUGGCCCUAAGAUGUUUCCCAGAAGUAGCUUUAUCAGAAGACUUAAAGGAGCUAUGUCCCUUGGAACUGAGUGACUACCUGGGAGACGAUGAGCUCUGCGGUGAGGAAGAAGAAGUGUUUGAAACGUUAAUGGUCUGGAUCAGGCAUGACCUCCAGGCCCGGAAAGAAUAUAUCCAAGAACUUUUGAAGAAAGUCAGGCUCCAGUAUGUCCACCCGACCUUCUUCUUCCAUUUCAUUGUCAACGACUCCCUCCUUCAGUCUUCACCAGCAUGCCAAGCCAUCCUAGAGGUGGUGAGGAGACAAGUGUUUUCUUUACAUGGCACUGGCAGCCCAGACCUCAAGCCACUGUGGCAUGUCCCUCGGAGAGAUUCUCACCGUGAUUUCCUCCUCCUCUUGGGAGGUAGAAAGGACAAUCAGCAAACCACCAGGGAAGUUCUGUUAUACCAUGAGAAGACAGGCCAGUGGCGGGGCCUCGCCAAGCUCCCAGCUCGUCUUUACAAAGCAUCGGCUGUCACCUUGCACAGCAGUGCCUAUGUGCUGGGGGGCAUGUCUGUUGGGGUAGGGAAGCAACGAGUGAGUCACGAUGUUUAUAUCUUCUCCCUGAAACUCAAUCAGUGGAGGCUGGGGGAACCCAUGUUGGUGGCUCGAUACUCCCACAGAAGUACAGCCUACAAGAACUACAUCUUCUCCAUUGGAGGAAUUGGAGAAAACCAGGAGAUAAUGAGUUCCAUGGAGAGGUAUGACAGUAUCUGGGAUGUCUGGGAGAUCAUGGCCAGCAUGCCUGUAGCUGUCCUUCACCCUGCAGUAGCUGUGAAAGACCAAAGACUCUAUCUUUUUGGAGGAGAAGACAUUAUGCAAAAUCCUGUACGACUCAUACAGGUUUACCAUAUUUCCAGAAACACAUGGUUCAGAAUGGAGACCCGAAUGAUCAAGAAUGUCUGUGCUCCAGCAGUGGUGCUCAGGGGCCAAAUUAUCAUUGUGGGAGGUUAUACAAGGAGGCUCCUUGCUUAUGACCCUCAAACCAACAAAUUUGUGAAGUGUGCUGACAUGAAAGACAGGAGGAUGCACCAUGGGGCCACGGUGAUUGGGGACAAGCUCUAUGUGACUGGAGGCCGGAGGCUCACCAUGGACAGCAACAUUGAAGACUCAGACUCAUUUGAUUGCUAUGACCCAGAGACAGAUACUUGGACAUCCCAGGGGAGAUUACCCCACAAACUCUUUGAUCACGGAUGCCUCACUCUCCAGUGCUUACCUUAUCCUUCUGAAUUUCCCUAAAGAAAGCAACACGGCUAUGGAGGGGAAAAUAGGAUAAGGAGUUUCAGAGGUGACAAUAGGAUGCUUGUACUAAACAUAUCCAAGCUCAUAGAAUGAAAAAAGGGCUAUUUUUGUGUCCUUUUGAACCUCUCACCACAUACAUGUGGUCUGGACCUGCAAAGGUCCAGGUAUGGCAGAGAAGAUAGAGUGAUAAAUUUGGAGGCUGGCAGACCUGGGUUCAAAUCCCACCUCUGACACACACUAGCUACAUGGCCAUGGACAAAUCUCUUCCUUUCUCAGUACCGCAGGCAACUUUCUAUAACUAAAGUUCCAGCUGAGUUGCUGAUCUGUGACAGCAGGGAUAAAGAGGCUAUCAAGAGCUUCCUAUAUUGAUUAAAUCACUCUAUGUACAUAAUAUAUCAGAACUCCAGAGGGCAUGUAGAGGCCUUGGGGUACAGUGAAAAGAAGGCUGGACUUAAGAGUUGGAGGAACCUGGGUUUAAAUCCGAAUCUCUGAAACUAACUGUUCGAUUUGAGGCCAGUCCCUUAAGUAUGGUCUUCUGUAAAAUGAUGCCUAUUGCAUCCCCCUCACUGAGCACUUGGGUGGAUAAAAUGAGAUAAUGUAUGCAAUGUGUUGUGCAAGCUUUCAAACAUUAUGUAAAAGUUAGCUAUUGUUAUUAGAUUAGAGGAUCUCUAAGGUCCCCUCCAGCUUGAAAUCCUAUGAACCCAGGAAUAACAUUUGCUGGUACCAACUGAUGUUUUCCUCUAGCCUAGCGUGAACUGUAACCCUGUGAUUAGAAUCAGUAUUUUAUUUUGGAAUCAUGCUAGGAGAGUUGUUGUUUGCGGGGAACAGAGAGCCAAUAAGUCCUUUAGGAGGUUAACUAACACAGCUAUCUUCCUUAUGCUCAGAAUACUGGCUAUUUCUAGAGUUCCUUUCAUCUUCAUGAGCUUUACAAAUUGGCAACACGACUCAGGGUGUGAGUGGGAAAAUAAGCCCAACGUCUGGAAAUUGUACCUCUCUGACACUCUCUUACUUUGCCUGCUCCAGCCUCACUUCUCUGUAUGAUGCUAAAAUGUCCUGCCAACUCACGGGAGCAGGAGGAAGGUUUGGGAGGAGGGAUGCCUGGCUGCCCGCUGUUUUGACUACAUAACCAUUUGAUUAGAUUUUUCACCAUUGUGGUGUUUUUCUCAGACCCCACCUUUGGCUUGAGUUUUCUUGUGGUAAGGUAUAGGGAAGCCACCCGGGACAGGGAAAACAGAAUGUUGAAUAGAGAGUUAAAGGACCAGAUUGAGAGCUAGAAGGGACCUUAGAAACCAUCAGUUCUAACUCCCUCAUUUGACAAAUAAGGACUCUGAGGCCCAGGAAAGUUAGAUGUCCAGGCUUAUGCAGACAGUGGGUAUCUGAGGCAGGAUUUGAAUCUGGGUCUUCCUGAUUCCAAGUCCAGUCAUAAGAACUAGGUUUCCAUCCAGGCUCUUUUAUCUACUACCUUAUGUACCUUACCUCUCUAGGCUUCAGUUUCCCCAUUUACAAAGUGAGAGGGUUGAUCUAGAUGAUAUCUUAGGCACUUUGCAACCCUGAAUAUACAUCAAAUAAAUGCCUCAGCCUUAAUUCCCCCACUUAUAAAAUUGGAGGUCCGGACUAGAUAACCUCUCCAUCCCUUCUAGUUUGAACUUUGUGAUCCAAAGACAAAUAAGAAUUGAUAUGUGCUCCUACUAAUAAUGACCACAAAGCUCAUUUCUGGAGCACGUUGCCAAGCACUUUUCUUAUAGCAAUCCUGUAAGGAAAGGAGUGACAGUUUUAUUAUCCCCAAUUUUACAAAUGAACAAACUGAGUCUCUGAGAAAUUGCCGAUGGUCACAAAGCUAAUCAUGGGGAGGUCAACUGAUAGGGAAAAUGCUGAUUUGGAAUCACUCGACUUGCUUUCAAAUCCUGGUGCCUAAAACAGGAUUUGAAUGUAGGCCUCCUGCCCCCACAUCCCGUGUGCUUUCUACCAUACCACAGUUUCUCUGAUAUUAUGCAGGCUGUAGUGUGGUAGAAAGAGGUGUGGAUUUGGAGUCAGAAGCCCAAGUCCUUCCUCCACAUAAUAGCUCUGUGACAGGGCAAGUCCCCACUUCUCCAAGCUUUGGUUUCUGUAUCGGUAAAAUGGAAAUUUUAAUUUUUAAUUUUUAAAUGGCACAGUGGAUGGAGUUCCAGGCCUGGAAUUAAGAAGACUCGUCUUCCUGAGUUCAAGCCCAACCUCAGAUAUUUACUAGCUGUGUAACUCUGGGCAACUCACUUACACCUGUUUGCCUCAGUUUCCUCAUCUGUAAAUUGAAGGAAGUGGCAAACCACUCCAGUUUCUUUGCCAAGAAAACCCCAAGUAGGGUCACAAAGAAUCAGACACAAAUGAAACAACUGAACGACAACAAAUUGGAAGUGAUAAUAUUACCCAUCCUACCUAGCUUGCAAAGCUCAAAAGUGCCAUAGAAAUGUGAGUUAUUAUUGUUUUUGUCCUUCUACUUGGGAAUAGGCAAACCACUGCUCCACUUUGACAAAGAGUAAGCAGAGGAUUGCUAACCAUUUUUUUCCUGUAGAAGAUGCAAUGAGAGAAGAAUCUUAGCCAGCAUCCUAUUAUAAAGACCCAAUAAGAUUUGACUCAUCUUGCAGGAAAGAUAAAGUUGAGAGUGUUUACUGAAUACUCAUGACCCAGAACUGAGUCACCCCAUACUCAGUCAUGCUACUCCAGGGGCUAGAGGCUAUGCCAAUAUAUCAGAGAUGGUUUGGGGUUUAGGCCAGGGGUGGCCUAAGGAAUUUAGGCUAAGGAGUUUGGGGGAAGAGAAGUUUCAGAGAAGCAAAGUAGAGGAAGCCACCUCCCUCUCCCAGGAGUCUCAGGAUGCACAAUCAAAUAUCUAAGUUUCAGACUUGCCUUUUAGCUCUAUUACUCCAGCCUUCUUUUAAACCAGAAAUGAGCUACUGCAUAUGAGCUUCAAGUGUCCUCAAGCCUCUGAGUUUGGGGUUAUUUUCUCUUCCAUUCCCCUCCCCUAUUAUAUCCAAUCCUCAGCCAGGUCUGGCAAGUCUGAGUAUACUAUAUAAGACGAGGACUAGAAACAGGGAGAUGUACAUGAGUUCAGAUCGAAGGCACUGGGGGUGGGAGUGGAGAGAGCUAGGGUCGGGGGAAGGAAAGGGGAAGAAAGGGGGAGGGAGGACAAUAUUGGAGGAGGGAAGGUCUCUCUGUGGGAAGAUAAUGAUAGUUUGAAGUGAGAACUUAAAUUCUUUGUUAUGGGACGUCUCUCUUGGUGAAAAAAGGGGGAAAGAUACAAGGGAAAAUUUAGACAAUAUAAAGAUAUCAAUAAAACAAAUUUUAAAAAAGA